AAUCACUCACAUGUUCAUGUCACUAUUUGAGAGGUUCAUAGAAGAUAUAGAAAAAGAGAGCAAGAGAGAGAGAGAGAAACACAGCCAUGGGUAGACCUCCAUGCUGUGAGAAAGAUGGUAUCAAGAAAGGUCCAUGGACCCCUGAAGAAGAUAUCAUCCUCGUCUCCUAUAUCCAAGAACACGGUCCCGGAAAUUGGAGAGCUGUGCCUUCCAACACCGGAUUGUUAAGGUGCAGCAAGAGUUGCAGACUUAGAUGGACUAACUAUCUCCGUCCCGGAAUCAAGCGAGGCAACUUCACCCCUCAUGAAGAAGGGAUGAUAAUUCACUUGCAAGCUUUAUUGGGUAACAAAUGGGCAGCCAUAGCUAAAUAUCUCCCGCAAAGAACAGACAAUGAUAUAAAGAACUAUUGGAACACCCACUUGAAGAAGAAGAUCAAAAGAUAUCAAGCAGCUUUGAACCCCCAAAUGGAAUCACCUGAUCAUAAUUCAGCUCCAUAUCAGUUUGUACCCAAAAGCUUCACUACUAGUGACAAAAAGAUGAACCUAGAACAACACCACCUGAUCACAGCCCAAACCUCCUCUAGCAGUACUUCUACUCUUCUACUCAACCACAACAACACUACUACUUCCACCUAUGCCUCGAGCACCGAAAACAUUUCAAAACUCCUUCAAGGUUGGAUGAGAUCAUCUUCCCCAAAGGCUCAUGAUGAUGAUCAAGAGAAACAGCUGCACCACCAAGACAGCAGCAGCGGGAACAAUACGAUCAAAAACUCUGCGGCAACGACUUCUCUUAUGUGUUACCGGACCAAGGCUGAGCAAGAAGGAAGUGACUUGAUCUCGAACGAAGAAUUCGAGUCGAUUCUAUCGUUUGAUAACUUGAAUGGCAUUGCUUGGGACAAGUCAUCAUCUUGUGAUUCCACGGUUAAAAGCUCUCCAACUGGUGGAGCCGCCGACGACGAAAAGGUCCAUCAUCUUGUGCAUGAAAAGAGCAAGCAAAGGUCUGAUAUUACCAAUCCUUCUCCAUUUUCUUUUCUUGAGAAAUGGUUCUUGGAUGAAACAGCUGGUCAAGUAGAAGAGAUCAUGGAAAUUCCUCCAAUAUUCUGAGAAAAGAGUCACAUUUGAUUCUUCUCUCUUUUCUUGCGUUGGGGCUUCAAAUAAAAAUAAAAUGGAAAAAAAAAACAAUUAAGUGUUUGAUCUGAUCUUUAAUUGUGGGUACUUAAUUAUCUUUUGUAGGGGAUUUCUAUAAGGUUGGGAUCUCUUUUGCAAAAUGUAACCUCAGUAGUACUGAUAAUGUUCCUGAAUGAACUAAGCUUAGUUUAUUUUCUUUUGUA